UGCCUCUUUUGUUUUUCAAUCAGCCCAUAAACAAAACACACAAACAGGCAUAGCAUCACAUAAUGGAAGAUGAAGAUGAAAGAAUUGGCGCAACUUGCAAGACGACCACAAGACGACGCCCUGCGCCGUGACAAAACUUUGCGGCUUAUAAAUACGCACAUGCCCAAGACCACCACCCCUUCAAGCAGCAAGCAAAACCCCCACACACACCGAGCGAAGUAGACAGACGCUUGAGUGAGAUACACACGACACGAACACGUAACUGAAACUCGGAGCUGGAGUGAGAGCUCCCCCUCUCGCCCAGUCAUCAUGGGGGUGCAGAGCAGCGAAGGCCAGGUGAUGUUCUCCUCCAUCGCCCUGCUGCAGCAGAGGUUCAGGGAGCUGGAGAGGAUCAGGGAGAAGCGGGAGGAGAGGCUUCUCCACGUGCUCGCCCCCCGCCCUGCGGCCACCGCCUCCCCGAGGGAGAUGCCCGUCAAGUGGUUCUUCCACCCGGAGCUGCUCUACCCGUGCAGGCCGCUGCGGGAAACCACUGCCGCUGUUGCCGCCGCAGCCUCCUUAUUCCCGGCCGUGCCAACCACUGUCUGUGAAUGCAAAAGCUUCCAGCUCCACGGCGAUAGCGACCCCAUUGCGGUGGAGCUGUGGCCCAGUAAGACCUACAACUACAAACAUGUCUCUGGUGAAGUCGACGUCGACACCUCGCUGCACCUCUAGACUGCUACUACUGCUACUCCUGCUACUGAAAAAUGUUGCAAUGCCUUAAACUGCUGUUAACCUCUUGGUGUUGCUCUCGCAGUUUUUUUUUUUGGGUAGCCUACUACUAUGUUCUUCUCAUCUUCUUCUGUUGUAACAAGGGGUAUUAGGACCGGUGACGGUGUGCUGUAAUUAUUACCAGUAGUACGAUGGUCUUGGAGUUCCUUUAUUGUCA